AUGUUUAUGAAAAUCACCGAAUCUUCUUCGACCUCCUCGUCUGGAUCCACUGGAUAUUCUCCGUUCGAAGGAGGCGCUGCCGCCGCGGAGCCUCCAAAAUGGGUGGGAUCCGCCGAGUUCGGGCUCUUCGUCGCCGAGAUCGCCAUCAACAUUUUCACAGUUUUGCUCAACACCGUCGUCUGUUUCGUGCUCUGGCGGGCUGUCAAACCUGAGUAUAAGGUGAGAAAUGGGGAGGGAAAGAAAAAAGGAUAAGAAGAGCUAGUUUUUUAGGCGUGCUUCUACAUCAUCAUGCGAUCUUUCAACUGUUUCGUGGCUCUCAAUGCGCUGGGCACUCUCAUUGUUAUCAUGAACAGACAGGUAAUUGGGGUGAUUUCAUAUGUUUGUUUCGUCUUAAACUCAGAAAAACGUGUAUCCAUGCUUUCUUUCUAGCCAACUGAACUACCGUAGUGUAAUAGAAAGGCACCCCGACACCGUUUAUUCAAGACGCUAUAUCUCAGCUGCCAGUGGAGACAUCAAAAAGUUGUCAACAGAUAAAGUGUACACCACUUCUUACUGAGCGUUUUGUUAGUUGACCACUUUUUGAUAUCUUAAACGAUACUUGAGAUAACUAGUCUUGAAUAAAAGGUACGGGAGUUUCUCACUUUUGAACUCAUCAAACAUUACAAGAGCUGUUGUUGACCCAAAAGAACGUACCUUUUCUAGGACUCGGACUUUGUCGAGUGCUGGUGGAUCCAGGGAAUCUUCAUUGUGAACAUGUUCACGUGCAUCGCCUCCUCCAUCUGGCUCUUCUACGCCGGCCUCAAUCGAAUGAUGGUCCUUGUCUAUCCUGGAAAGAUCAUCAAGGCGUGGGGAUGGUAAUUUCUUCUUCUUUGUGCAUCUUCGAUCCCGUCUUUUCUGCAGCUGGAUAGUCCGUGUUACCCUGCUGCUUGUCUCGCUGCUCGCCCUCGGCCUCUCGAUUGUUUACCAAAAGUUUUGCGGAAUGUACACCCGUUACGACGCCGUUACCAACACGAUCCAAGUGGUCGCCGAUAACAUGGCCGAGGUUAGAAAGCCAUUUCUUUGCUUCCUUCCAGACAAUCCGAUUUGCAGCCGCUGACGAUCGCCGUCUACGUUUUCCCGCUCUCUUCUCUGGCGUUCUACGCGGUCGCCUACAACAAUCUGCAGAAGAAGCGGCUUCUGGUGACCAGCGACAAGACGAAGGCGAUCAUUGACAAGGCGGAGCGGCGAACCCUCAAGAUCGGAAUGAUGAUCAUGUGUACCUACGCCCUCUCGCUCUUCGUUCACAUCUUACUCACCUACUUCUGCACCGACGAAACGUUCAGUUCCAUCUAUAAUCGCAUCGAUGAAAUCGUCUCGUGCGCCCCUCAAAUCGCCCUUCCGCUGGCCCUUCUCAGUUGCAAUCACAAGUUGUUCCGAAUGGUAAUCGUUCGUUCUGCAAUCGGACAAUAUUACUUCUCUUUUUUCAGCGCAAGUUGUCAUCGGCCGUCUCUUCUCAAACCGGCACCCUUCAGGACAUUUACCCGAAGGACACGUUCAUGUCCGAGGGGAAAUCGUCGAAGGUUCACAUGGACAAGAAGAUGUCCACCGCUUCUAAUUGA